AAGAACGUUUCACGUGCGACUGGCUCCGGUGCCAUGCCGGGAACUGCCGCGACGUCGCCGCUGAGUGCUUUUUUGCUUCGUUUAUAUAUAUGAUUCUGUCACCUCGAUUCGACCUUCUUUAUGAUGGAGGCUGACCGGCUCGUUUCCACAGUGGCUUACCAGGCUCCAUUCACAACCUCACCCUAUGGGGCUGGUAUCCCUUCUUCCGUGGCCCCUCAGCCGCAACUCCCGGCCAAUUUCAUGAUGGCCGGCCAAAUGGCGCCGUAUCAGAUGAACGCGGGUUUGGCUCCCCAGCAGCCCAUGCUGCAGCAGCGCAUGCACCCCACGCAGCAGAAUACGGCUGGUGUGUCUGUUUCGACUCCCCAGCGCCCUUUCAACCCUUCUCAGGGCACCCCAAACGGCACGAUGCCUCAUCAACAGCCACAAUUCUCGAACCCCCAACAGCAGGGUACUCCUCAGAGUCAGACUCCCACCACAGCUCCGCUUUUGCCGACGUCAAUAGCGACACCUCAAACACCAACGUUCCCUGCCGAGCAGGGGCAGCUGGUCAAUGGAACCUCCAACAGCCCGACUCCUCAAAGCCCUGCGACUGAGUCUCGAGAUAAAGAGAGGUUCGCUGUCCUGCUAGAUAUCAACCAAGAGUUGCUAUACGAGUCAAUCCAACUCGUGAACAGCCGGGCGGAACUCAAGAGGGAGCAGGCAGCCGCCGAAGCCGGUGGGACAAAGAGUAGCGAUGUGGACUAUGCGGAGGAGGAGAAGCUGACGAAUCAGGACUAUAAUCAUUGUAUGCGGAGACUGCAGGCAAACCUGACAUAUAUGUUCUCCUUGGCCGACAAGAAGCCGAAAACGCAAGUGCCGCCUUGUCCGGCCUUUAUGACUCCGCCGCCUCUCAACUUGAAUCUGAAGCUGAGGUUACCGCCGGGCACGCCCGAUGACGGAAUUGACAGGCCUGCAGAUCCCGUUGCAGACCGCGCCGAGAGAGACCACCUGAUCAAGAAUCUUUACAAAAAGCUUUUAGCGCUUUACCCCGGGAUCGACCCCAGGAAAGAGCCUGCUGCUCAAAUGGCCGGUAGGCCGGCGGGAAAUGCCAACGCGGCUGCCGCGAAACCAAACGGCCAGGUAACCGCUGCCACAACUCCAGCGGGAGGGCUGGGUUCGAACCAUAGCAGUCCCGCUCCGGGCCCUCCAUCCCAGAACACGCCGCAGAUGGUUGAUGCUGCUGCACCUGGUCUGCAGGGACAGGCCGCCGGGUCAUGAUGUUGAUUUGGAAGGUUGUACAAAAGAUAAUCGCCUCGAGGGUCUGCGAGGAGUAAAUAUGACUGCAGCGAUGAACGUGGCAAAGAGACACAAACGGCGGGUCGGUCUUCAUUAUACCUUU